AUGUCCGGUCCCACGUCUCCCCAGUUGGCAUUAGCCGUCCUCGUUCUCUUACCAUUCGAUGUCCUAACUUGGGCUCUUCGUUUUCAUGUCCGACUCUCGAGAAAAGCAUGGGGGCCAGAUGACUGGUCUAUGGUGGUAGCGAUUCCACUCUUUAUCGUGUCAACCAUGGGCAUGCUCGGGAUCGCUUUCACGGGAGGUGGGAAAAGGGACAGCGAGCUUACUGCAGAUGAAAAACAGACCGCAAUGUUCUGGUGGUUCAUCAUGCAGACCAUGUUCUGUCUAGCUGCCAUUCCAGUGAAAUGGGCCAUCUGCUUUACUUUGCUCCGCAUAGCCAAUGGCAAGAAGGUAUAUGAAUGGUCGAUAUAUGCCAUCAUGGCCGCAGUCGCUGCCGUCAUGGCUUCAACGACUAUAUAUGAGUUCUUUCAUUGUACGCCCAUUGCGAUGAAUUGGAGAGCGGUGGAAGGUGGCUCUUGUAAAGCUCAAAGCAACAUCACUGGGUUCAGUUUUGCCCUUUCGGCGGUUUCCAUCUUCUCGGAUUGGUUCUGCGCCAUUAUUCCUAUCCCACUACUCUGGAAUGUCCAGAUCGACUUCCGGGUCAAGAUUUCCAUCAUCGCGCUCCUUGGUCUCGGUAUAUUCGCGUCAACUGCGGCCAUCGUUCGUCUCACCGUGACUGUCAACCUUAGCGCGACAACGGACUUCCUCUACUACGCUAUGCCAGUGGCGGCCUGGGCACAUGCGGAGCUAGGUCUUGGAGUAGUUCUUGCCAACCUUUCGGCUUUGCGCCCGCUCCUCGAGAAGGUGCUCGACAUCGGCUCCGCCUUGCGCAGCGGCAGCAAGAAGCGCACCGGCGAUCAAACGUCUGGCGACCGAUACAUGGAGCUCGAAGAGGGUGUCCGCAAUAGAAAGUCCGCGGCGCUAUCGAAAAGGCUGAGUGUCAUGAAAGGAAACGGGGCAACAAGUAGAGGCGAGGAAGACUUAGACGGUUUCCGCGAAUCGGCCUCAUCAAACACAAUGCCCAGUGUAGGUAGCGACAACAGUCCACCAGCCAUUAUCUCUGAGAAGGCCGUCCCAGAGACUAACAAUCGUCUUACCUCCCUCGACUCCGAAGAGGCAGACAAGCUACGCUCUGAAGCACUUUCGACUGAUGUUACCAAGCUCAAAAACGGCUAUUUCUCCAGUCCAAGGAUUGUAGGGUCAUUCCUGGGAACGGGCAUCGUCGUUGUUGCGACGUACUUCCAAUUUCAAGCCCUAGCUGCCGCUGUGUCUUCUGUCAACGCGGACAUCGGACCCAGCGCCAAUAUCGCCCUUGUAAACACAGUAUGGACUGUGUCGCAACCCAUCUCGCUUCUGCUAUUCGGUCGGCUCAGUGAUCGCUUUGGCCGUCGUAGCUUUGCCCUGGGCUCCUGUGUGCUUGCGAUCGUCGGCGGCAUAGUUGCAGCAACAGCACAGUCUAUUGAGACGUUGAUCGGAGCAGAGGUCAUCAUGGGUGUUGCUUCCGGGGUACCAGCGGCUUAUCCACUCUUAGCCGGUGAGCUAGUCAGCAACAAGCACAAGUAUAUCGGCACUGCUCUGGUUGUCGUGCCUAAUGUCAUUGCAACGGGAUUUGGGGCAUACAUUGGGUUGCGGCUGGUACAGGUGGCUAACUGGAGAUGGAUCUUUUACAUAUAUAUCAUGAUGAUGGUGCCUGGCGCUAUCCUAUGGUUCUCCUUUUACCACCCACCUUGUUAUACCCAGCUCCACGGGAAAAGGUCCAGCAAACUCGCAGAGCUUAAAAAGGUUGAUUGGACGGGCGUUAGUCUCCUUGUCGCUGGCUUAGCUCUCUUCCUGCUCGGUAUAUCGUGGGGCGGUCCGGCGCAACCUUGGUCCUCUCCAAGAAUUCUCGGUCUAUUACUCUCGGGUGCUGCAGCCAUCGUCGCAUUCAUCCUUUACGAAGUCUUCUUGCCGCCAGCACAACCGAUCAUUCCUAUGUAUUUCUUCGGCGACAUGCGUGGCUUUACCUGUUUGGAGGUCAUUUCAGCAACCUACGGCAUCAUCAACAUCGCGCUCUUUGUUAUGUGGCCGCAACAGGUUGUCUAUAUCUUCGGUUCGACUGUGAGCUCGUGGGAGGAGACCGCUUGGCUUUCAACCACAGCUGCAUUCGGUCUUUGGGGUGGUAUAGUCAUCCUCGGGCCACUCAUGUCAUGGAUCGGUCACAUCAGGUACCAGAUCCUGAUUUCCUCGAUCUGGAUGACCGCUUUUCUUGGUGCGAUGGCAAGCAUCACAGUAGAGGACAAAGCUCGCGCAAUCGCUUUCUCGUUUCUCGCAGGCUGGACUAUUGGGUGGGGUGAAGUCAUAGCAGCAAUCGUCGUCCAGUAUGUAGUCUCCGACCAAGAUCUCGGAGUAGCUUUUUCUGUCAUCUCAGCAUCCCGUACCAUUUUUGGUUCCAUCUUCACUGCUGCCUUUAUCGCAGUGUAUACGAACAAGGUGCCAGGCUAUCUCACAUCGAUAGUACCGCAACGUGUUCUAGCAGAUGGACUACCCGCAAGCUCAUUGAGCGCGCUUAUGACGGCUGCAGCUACCGCCAAUCAAACAGCUCUUCUCGAGAUCGAUGGCAUGACACCGGAGCUGCUUCACACCACCAAUAUAGCUGUUAGCGACGCCUACUCCAAGUCAUACGCCUAUGUGUACUACUUUUCUGUAGCUAUUGGAGUGCUGGCAAUCAUUGCAUCGCUAUGUAUGCGAGACUUUGAUGAGUAUUUGACCGGCCACGUGUCGAGGCAGCUAUACCACAAGAGAGACAGGAGUACUGAUCCACUGGAGGUAACGACACGAGAAGUCGAUGAAGUUCAGGAUGGUGAUAUUGAGGGCAAGAUGACAGGCUGA